AUGUCGCUCACGCUGCGGAGCGGUGUGAACCCCGAGAACGCACGCACGCACAAGCUUCUGGCUGCUGCGGCCCUCGCCAACGUUGCGGUGACGCUGAAGGCGUGCGAGUACGGCCGCGAGAACGAGACGGCGGAGUACUGCCGCAACUGCAGCCCGUGCGGCCGCUACCCCGUGCUGCAGACGAAGGAGGGCUGUGUGUUCGAGUCCGACGCCAUCCUGCGCCACAUCGCGCGCCUUGACCGGAGCGGCGGCUUCCUGUACGGCCGCACGCCGCUGGAGGGCAGCCAGGUGGACAUGUGGCUCGACUUUUCGGCAACGGAGCUGGACGCUGCCUCCGCACCGUUUGUGCACCACCCCUUCCGUGGCGAGCGCGGUUCUUUAUUAUGUCACUUAUUUUCCUUAUUUCUCUCGAAUCGAUUGUAUGGCGCGCGUUGCGGUGACUCGCGCCUACGGGCUUUAUGGUGUGGCAGCUGCGCCCCAGCAGAACGUGUUUUUUUCUGGGCGGUGUUCUAUGCGUUCGGCCAUGUGCCAACAACCGUUCUGUGGGGAAAGCGCUGCUGUAUUUUUGGCUUACCAUGGAAUUGUGUCCGUGUUUUGCGAAAAAGUGACUCUGUUACCGCGACGGGAUGGUUAACCAUCAGAUAA